AAAAAAAAUUAAUACAAUCGGGCUGAUGGGAUGGAUAUAUUUUAUGUGCAUUUUUAGUGUUUCUCUGCGAUACGCAUAUGCAACAGAGUAUUUGAGAUUCAUGGAUUCCUAUGGAACUUGCCAGCACAUGACAUUCUUUGAGGUAGAGGACAAUGAGUAUUAUAUUCAUGCCAAAGGCAGUGGGGAGGCCUACCAGGCACUUAGGUGCUCUCUACGAUUUAGGACAUACCCAGAUCAACAACUGUGUGUCAAGUUUGACAGUUUUAGGAUAGAUGAUUGUGCUGUUCAUUUUGAGGUGUUCCGAGAAAAUCGCCCAAAACACACAACAAGACAGUCAGAGGAUAAUUUUCUCUAUCGUCGUUAUGACUGUCACAAUUCCCCCGAAACUGUGUGUAGUAAAGACCGCUUUCUGACCUUGCAGCUUUAUAAAGCGAGAAUUGAUGCUGUAGAUUAUGACUUCUCUGUUACAGUCAUGCGAAAAACAAUGCAACGUAACAUUGACACUGGUGCCAUAUCAAAUGAAAUCAUCAUGUCCCUGAGGGUGAUGGUGGGGGCGAUAGUGGGCGUGGUGCUAUUUAUAGCAAUCCUGGUCAUCUUCGUCCUGUUCUGUUGCUGCAGGAGGGACAGGCAUCAUGGCCGCGUGUUCAGGAAGAAAAACAGCAAGCCCCGGCAGUCUGCUCAAGGGAGACUACUGCAGUCAGAAGCAGAGCCUUCAGUUCCACCAAUGGAUCCAAACAUAGAAAUGCAUCAACACAUCAUAACGAAUUAUGGUCAUUAUCCUAACGAACCCCCUCCUCCUUAUGAACCCAAACCAGAACCAGUUUACCCCAGAACGUACCAGACACUGCCACCAGAAAAUAUACAGAGAAGUCCAAUUCCAUGAUAUACUUCUGAAGUCAGUAGUCAUUUAUAGGAUAUGUAGCAGUGUAUUAUAUUUUUAUAUGGUUAGAAAAUUGCUAGGUAUAAAUUUAAAGGUCUUUCAGUGCAAAUGCUAAAAUUAUCAGAAAUUGUUUAUAUUGAUAUUUCUUGGAAUUAAUUUAUUCCUUUAUGAAACUUUGUUUUUAACUGAAACUUAUAUGUCAAAUGAGAAACCGUGUUGCCAUAUUGUGAACUUUUGGUCUUUAUUUGGGGAUGAAUCUUUACUGU